GCAUCUGAGUUCUCGACUUGUCGUCCAGGCAGAAGUGAGCUCAUACUAGACACAAAUUCCGACUCCGCAUCAUUCUUCCGUCCGAAUCUGGAAUACGGAGACGAUCGAUCGAUCCCUGCGAAGAGGAAUUUCUGCACCGGACGAGCUGAACGAGAAUUCGUGAAGCCUCGAGAGUUUAGAGAGAGAGGAGUCGAUCACUUCUUCUUCGGCUGAGCCUUCUUCUUGUCCUUUCCGGCGACGGCGUCCUUGCCCUUCCCUUUGCCCUUUUUCUCGGCGACCUUGGGUUUCGCGGCCUCCAGCUUCGCCUCGAACGCGUCCAAGUCCAGGAGAUCGAGAGCGGCUUUGGCCGACUCCGGCGACAGAGGAGGCCGGGAUCCGGGAGGCGGGAGAAUCGGCACUUUCCCGCCGAUGAUCGACCACCGGACUCGUCGUUUCCUGAGCGGGAACUUGAACGGAACGUAUUCCUCGACGGGUUCGGGAGCCGGCAGGUCCUCCUCCGGCGGCAGCGGCCGGUCGAGGAGGAGGAGCUUCAGCUCGGCCGCCGUCGGCGGCGGCUUGCUCAUGGACUGCCGGCCCUCGCCUUUCUUCAGAAACACCACCUGCGCCGGCAACGGCGGCGGGUCGAGCUUCACGCUCUUCUUCCUCUUUGCCGCCGGCGCGCCCGCUGCCGGUUGGACUGCCGGCCCGACGCCUUUCUUCUCCGGCGCCUCUAUUCCCGGCUUCGUGCUCGAUGAACCUUGCGGCGCUUUUGAAGCUCGAACGUCUUUCUCGUCCUUCGAAGCUCGAACGUCUUUCUCGUCUUUCGAAGCUCGAACGUCUUUCUUGUCUUUCGAAUCUGCUGCUGCUGCUGCUGAAGCUCGAGCUUUCGGAGGCUGUGAUUCGGCUAUGGCGGCGGCAGGAAGAGCUUUCUGCUGCUGCUGUUUCGAGCCUUUCUUGCCAUCUUUGAUUUCGUCGAUCGUGGGGGGGAUUUCCGCAGGCGGAGGAGCACGGGCUGCCAUGAUUGCAGCCCACUCAGCCCGAAGAUCGGCCCACUGCCUGCGAAAUUCUUCCAGAGCCAAGACGGGUGCGCACAAUGGCGGCAGGACGAUUUUCUCCUCCUCCUCGACGGGCUCGGCGUUGGCCGCGGCGAUGAGCGCCUGCAGAGUGGCCCUCCUCUCGUGCUGGUCCAAAUGCUUGUGCAAUUUGCAGUUGAAGUGGAAUCUCUCCCAUACCUCCGGGGCCAGCUCGUCCAGAUGGUUGAGGAAGAACUCGCAGGUCGGUAGGUCGGCGAAGUACUCGUUCCACAUCGGCGCGCAAGUGCUCAGCCUCUUAGAAAUCAUCAUCAGGCUCCGCCGCACUAGCUCGGGCUGUUGGUCGCCUUCUGGCCACGGAUUGAACCACAAGCUGUUCCGAUUCAGUUCCGUCCACAGCAGCACUUUCUUCUUGAGCCGAAGCUUGAGCCUCUGGAAAUGCCGGCGCUGCCUUCGGGCUUCUGCGAUUCUUGCGAACAUGUACCUCAUAUCCCCGAUUAGGUUGCGCCUGCGGUGCCAGUUCCACAGCUCCUUGAUCUUUCGAAUGUGGUACUCGAUCUUCUCUGGCUCUGGGUCGUACCAUUGCGGCUCCCACAUCCAAUCGUCGGGCCUGAUGUCUCGAGUGUAGCGGUAGAAGUCGUGAGUGUGGCCUCCUUGGUGCCAUGGUCUGAGAAUCACCUCCGGAAGGUAGUAUCCGCAGUAUAGCCCGCCAUCCGUCUCCAGCUCUCCGUAGCGAUUUCUCGGAAUGCUCUUCCUGCGAAUCAUCUCCUGGUCCAGGACGGACUGUCGAGCUUCGAACCAUACGCUCCGCUUCUUCUCGUUGUGGAGCAUGGACAUUGGCACGUCCCACUUUUCCAGAACCUCGUUCCACUCGUGCUGAUGGUCCCAUGCCGUGCACUGCUUGUGGCGGCAUCUCUUGGUCCGAGUGCCGUAGACCAGGCUGUCUCGGAUCGACCUCGAUCGGAACUUGACCUGCAUCAUUCGGAUCGAUUCGUCCACUUUCAGUCCUUUUGUUCGAACCUUCCUCGUGCCGUAGACCAAGCUGUUUCGCAGAGAUCUGGAGCGCAGGCGUAUGCCCGGAUCGAAAUUGGGCGAGCAGCAGUGUCGAUCCUUGUGGCCUCUGCCCAUGUGGUGGUGCAGUGCCGUGUGCAUUGCGGCGUGCAUCUUGCUCAGGCCUGCGUUGGCCACGGGCCCGAUGAUGAACUCCGUCUCGUAUUUGGUCGGCCCCUUGUAGUCAUCUGGAGCCGAAUGCUCAAUAUCGUACAACUCCUUUACGUUCUCCAUGGUGCUCAGAUAUUGAAAUCCCCAAACCUAGAUGACUUGUUGAGCGAUUUCGUCGAUACUCUUUACAUCAUCAGGCUACAAAUCCUGUGAAUGUCCUCUCCUACGGAAUCUGCGUCUCAUUGCAUCUGAUUGUAAUGUCGCACAGGGCCCUGCCUGAGAAUCUCUGCGAAAGGUCAAUUCCAAGGCAGUGGGGCGUCUUGUUCUUUCUUAUGAAAGUCUAUUGGGAUGAAAUCAUGAAAUGUUCAAUUUCAUGCUGAUUCGGAUUCAGCCCAUCCUCCUUUCCUGUUGCCGGAAGAUCGAACUAAUGAAACCAUCACUGCUGUCUGCAAAGGGCAAUCGAUGCAAGCAGCAUUUACUUGUUGUGCUGACCAAUGCGAGGUUGGUUGACACUCGUAUACCCCCAGGAAUCUCGACGAUGGUUUUCAGACCACUGCAACACAUUCGUAUUUGUCUGCCCAAACUAAAGUUGGUCGGUCAAGCCGAAAGCUUUUGCGAAGUUACUUAAGCCUCAUGUGUUUCUCAAAUUUCCUUGCACACAAUAUCUGCUACUGCUGCUGUACCUCUCAUCCCUGCUCCAUGCUCUUCAAGAUUAGAUUGUGCGCUUUGGACAUCCAAAUAAUCUAGGCGGUCUUGGUGAGUCGAUAUUUUCCCCGAUCAGAUGCAUCAGACGAAUGAUUGGAUGAAAGUACGCAGACGAAGGACUAGACUUGCCCUGGAGAUCAGUGGGCAUUCUUGACAUUCCGACGGAACGAUCAAAUUGGAUGCGCUGGAGUACAUCGAUAAAAAAGUCGAUUGAUUCACAAAUUUUUCUCAUGGGAAAAAUCGUACACCGGAGAAUUUCAGAUUGUUCAUCAUCUUAAACGUUUACACAGUGGAGACCAUCGUUCCCUCGGAAAGUUGUCGGUGCCUGAUCGCUGCAGAAUGUAAUUGUGAAGCUGGUCAUCAUCAAAGCAUCAGCGUGCUGUGAUGAUGGUCGCUUGCCAUAUUUCAAAUGCCAAACCCUUCGUUCGACGUUUUCCUCCGGUACAACGUCGAAUCGAAAGCCUCGAGCCCCAUGCAAGCGAAAUGAUUGUCAACGAUGGAGUAACUACACUGGU